AUGGCUCGCUUCACGCUCUUCCUGACACUCUUGCUGUCUCUUGUCCUGGCCUUCGUCUGCGCCGCCCCCGCCGAAUCUAUCGGUCUGACGCAAGACCAAGACAAGGUUCGCCUAGCGUUCCGCAAUGCUUCCGGCAACGGGCCAAACGUAGCGCAGCUACAGUCGGACUUUUUGUCGGUCAUCAACACGAAGCAAAAGUGAGAGGGCCGCACGCGACGGCUUGCUGAUCGAUCUGUCCGUCUCACUCUUGACUCUCUCCUCCGACUGCAGCCCCAAAUUUGCUUCCCCUAUACUCUUCAGCGUAGCGCAUGCCCGCAUCGCAUCCGCGCUGUCCAGAAUCGUUCGCGUCUCUACCAAGGACGACUUUGAGAUUCGUCACGAGGUCGAGGCAAAGGCGAUUUUGAACGAAUUCAACCCACAGCCUUACAACGAUCUUGCCAAUGUCUUGACUGGCGACGAGGUAAAGACGACGGUCGAAGAGUCAAACGACAAGACACUUGGUCGAGCCAUUGCGCUUCAAUUUACCGCGCUGCAGGUUCUUUGGGCCAACGCUUACGUCGCCUUUUCCAUCGAAGCGUGAGUAUGCUAGGCCCAGUAGCCUGUCGAGUCUUGGCGAUGCUCACAGCAAGAUUCCUGAUGCGCAGUGUUGGCAAAGGAGAGGCACAGGACAGUUUCAACAAGCGUUACUACGCCAUCCAAGACAGCUUGACCAAGAUCAUCAACACCUACAACAAGUGA